AUGCCCUUUGAUGUGGUACUCACUGUGUACCAGAGCGCACACAGCUUGGGUGGCGAGCGCUUGGCUCGCUAUGGUCGCCACGGGCCAUUGGGCUGUGCAAUGGCCUUGGUCCAAGAGUCUGGACCCUUGGUUUUGCUCCGUGGAUGGGUGCCUGCUUUCCUCCGUCUUCUUCCAGUGACCCUGUUUUCCUUUGGACUUUAUGAGCAGCUGCGACAGCUAUUUGGAAUUGGUUACAUGGACUGA